AUGGAGGGGGGAGGGAGGGUUGCAGAUGUCUGGAUUCUUGUUGAAUCGCCUAUUCUACCGUGCUUGCCAAAUGAUUUAAACUUGAAUAACCCCAAGGCGACGAAGAUUGAUACUCUUGCAUUGGAACAAAAGCAAAGCAACAGUCUUCGCCUAGCUUAUGUGGAUACCGUAUGGCUCACUAAGGGCAUUCCAUCCAACUUUGACGAAGAUCUUCCACAUUCCAUCCAACUUCGACGAAGAUCUUCCAAGGACUGCAUACAGGAAGAAGCUUUUGGAUGCAACCAUGCGCUAAAUGAACUCUUGACAAUUUCGCAAAAAUCUGAAGAUUCGGAUUCACUAAGGUCGACGUGGUCGAAGAUGGUGGAUGUGGAACCAUCCAUAAACGCGCUUGGAAGCGAUGACGAUCUAAGGUCAGUGUUUAAUAUUCAAGCGAUCACGGAACCUACGGACUCAAUGGCCGAUGACGAAAGAAGUAUGGCAAGCGUAAUACGGAUGGAAACUCUGCAAGAGUGCGAAAAGCAGUUGAUUACGUUUUCGGAGGAAGAAGACAGUGACAGCGGUGCCCAUUGUGAAGAGGAGGACUCUCAAGAAAACGGCACGGAGGAAACCGUGGAAGCAGUAGACCUAAAAUUUGAUGAGGAUGAUGUGGAGGAAUACGGCAAGAAAACACCAGAAGCUCCUGUGACAUUCGAUGCCGAACCAGCGGACAAGAUCCCACCUGGACAUAUUACACUACCUCACAUACGAAGAAUCAACUUCGACUCAGAAACAGACAACAGUCUUCAAAAACCCUUCGAAGUACUACAGAUCCGAAGAGUGAAAAAGCCAAAACGGACCAACGAUGAACGCACACGUCGACGAUCGCAAAAGACGACGCCAAGUGAACGAUGCAAAUGCGAACAACUGCGUAUAGACCCCAAACUGAAGACGAAAGCAUGCGCAAUUCUCUGAUACCUCUAAGUUUCGCUAUAAAGUUUAUUCUACUCUAUUUA